UGGUGGUGGUGGUGGCGGCGGUGCCGACCCUGAACCGCAGUCAAGAUAAAUACCGAUUGUGACGAUGAUGAACGUAUCUAGUUCAGACGAAAAUAUCUAUGUACCGUACUCGAGCAGACCCGAGACUUACAUCGUGCCCGUGGUGUUUGCCAUGAUAUUCAUAGUCGGAGUGCUGGGCAACGGUACGCUGGUGCUGGUGUUCAUCCGGCAUCGGAGCAUGCGAAACGUACCAAAUACGUACAUACUGAGUCUGGCCCUCGGUGACCUGCUCGUGAUCAUCACGUGUGUGCCAUUCACAUCCACCAUGUACACUGUUGAGUCGUGGCCCUACGGUGAACUCAUAUGCAAACUCAGCGAAGCCACCAAGGACAUAUCCAUUGGCGUGUCCGUGUUCACGCUCACCGCCCUGAGUGCCGAAAGGUAAAUACUCCUAGAUAACUAAAUGAAAUACAUAUUUAAACUUUAAAAUGAAAAACGUUGUGAAAAUUAUUAGUAAAAAACAUUAAAAUUUAAGCAUUUUGGAGACAUCGUCAAGGUUUAUUUUUGAUACACCAAUUGAGAUAAACAAACUAUCUAUUGAAAACUAAGAAUUAUUUCCUGAUGAAACGUUAUCAAUGUUCUAUUUGUGUUACACAAGUCUGUUUUUUUCAGAAUUAUUCAAGAAGUAGAGUUAAUUGCACUGUAUUGUAUUAUUGUAUCUGAUAAGUUUCCCGCUAUUUGUAGACACUUUUAGAAGCUUCCUAUGAACUAAAUGAGCUUAAACUCAGAAAUUAUGGAUGUUUUGUGCAUAGAUUGAAGUGAUAAAAUUUAAGUUGAAUUUCAAUAUAAAUUUCAACAUGUUUUAAUGGAGAAGGGUGUUUUUUAGAUUUGAACUCCACUAAAGACACCCAAAUAAAGUCAAGACCAUGGUGGAACGCUAACUAACUUGGCAGGGGAGUAAAAUUUGUAUACCUGUGCAUGGCGUUAAUGAUGUGCUUCUGGGGGUUUCAACUUUAAAAUUUUUUUGGAAGUAGUAUUAUAUUAUUAUAACAGUUAUGCAUAAUUAAGUUAUAUAUUGUUUUGCAAAGAAUAUUUAACAAUACAAAAUAGGUGAGGAAUAAUUUAAACGGAUAAUAUUAAAACAGCUUAAUUUGAUGUAGUAAUAUAUGUAAAUUCAUCAUAACUUUAAAUUUAAAUUUAACUUUUAAUUUUUAAUUUUCUUCACGAAUCGAUAUGUCAAGAAAAAUUCGCAUUGAUAUUUACAAAAAAAUUCAAACCGUUUACAACACGUAUUUUUUCGGUGUGAAUUUACUUUUCUGACAGGAUUUCAAACUCCUUAUAAUGUUUUCAAAAUAUAAUAAACUUUAAAAUUGCAAGUGGCAGAUUGGGAUUUGAUUUUUUUUAUGUUUGUAAUUUCCUAUUAUAAUAGGUAGUAUUAAAGUGACGGGAUACCGAUAGUUCCUUUUUUUGUCCAACACAUACGUAGAAUAGCAAGUUAAACUAAUUUUCUUUCAAUAAGUCCUAACCAGAUCGAAGUAGUGAAGCGAUAAUAAUUCUGUAAAUAUUCUAAUUCAUGGGAAUUGUAGAUGGAUCGGACAUGGCACAUAAUAAAAAUAUUUCUAUGAUACAACGUAAGAUAUUAAUGUUUCGGCAGCUCUGAAUUCUGUGUUAUCUGUGACUUAAACUUUCAAGUUUUAACGUUUCAAUCAUGGUUUUAACCUCUUCAGGUUUCCAAGAUUUUUGAUGAUCCAUCAAUUGUGUAACUUUAUUUUUUUUAGUAUUGCCGUACCGGUAAAAAAAAAUCCUACUGUUUAAGCUCUAUAAGCGAAAAAAAUACAAGUAUUGUUUUCCCACCAAUGGUGAGAUUUAAACGUCGAUUAAACCGGGAAUGAAACAAAUGUCAAUUUUUGUACACGAAUUUGAAAUUAUUUAAAUAUUUAAAAGUGUUAUAAGAUGUACUUAUUUUUCACUAUUAUAAUAUCGUAAUAAUCGAUUAAAAAAAACUAUCAAAUAUAUUUUGCUCGAUCAAUGUUUACUGUAAAAGAGAAUCACUCUCGCUUUAUGAAGACGUUUUAAUCAAUUGAUAUUCUACGGUCAGUCCUUAUAUUCUAAAACGGUGAUACAAAUCGUAGAGCAACCUAACCUAACCAGCACAGUGACAAUCACACAGAUGUAUAACCAUACUAGAUAGCGGACGGCAAUGAUUUACAUUAUGUGAAAUUGAUAACGAAUGAGUAAUAAUAAAUCGUAAUUGGCACUGAUAAAUUUAAAAUGUUGCUUUUAAUAAAAAUAAUAAAUAUCGAUUAUUUAAACAAUAGGUGAACACUUAACACCUUACACUAUUAAUAUUAUGAACGAUAGUUAUUAUUUUGAUAUUACUGAUCAAUAAACAUUAUUGAUAAAAAAUUUAUCAAAAUUAUCAUUUAUCAUUACCCGUUAUCUGUUAAUAUUUAUAAACAUUGCCGUGUUAUCAUAAAGCAGAACAAGACAUACUUUUCGGAUCCGCCAUCUAAUAUUUUUCUAAAUCUGUGGACAAGCGUAAGUCAAUACAUUUUUUCGAAGAUAAAAAAGAUAAUAUACGAUAAUAUCGUAUUACGUUUACUUUUAUUAUUAUUAUUAUUACUAUUAUUACUAUUAUUAAAAACAAAUAAAUACGAGUAAAUUCAGUUGAAAACCAACGGAGAAUAACAAUUAAUUAAUUUAAAUUAAAAUAUGCUUCGUUGCAUUUUGCCAGCGGAAUUAAUUAAAAACGACUUUUUCUUUACAUAUAUUAUUCCACACAACCGACUCUUUUAAUAUGAUUAUUAUUUUCGUAAUUACGAAAAAACGUAAUAUACAGCUUUGCCGAAAAUCGAACAAUGUAUUUAGUAUAAAUAUAUGGUGUUUUCAAAAUUUACUUUUUUUUAUCUAAUAAUAAAAAAAUAUAUAUAUGGUGAACGAAUAAUGUAAAUUUUUUCUCAUAAAACUUACAAUAAUAUUUUAACCGAAAAAAAUAAUAGUAAAAUAUCUUUUGCAACAGUUUAUUUGCAGACAAUUUACGAUUUCCAAAAGUACGAUAACAUUUUUCGAAAUUAUAUGCCUAUAAAUAAUUAUUUUUAGUAAUGAAAUAAAUGAUCGUGCGAACUUUUUAGUAACUACAUAAUAAGCAUGUAUUUUAUUUUCAACAAAUUUGCCAAUCCAUCAAAUAGUAAUUUAGGUUACAACGAGUGAAUUAUAAUGUAUCUAUAAUUAUAAUGUCUACAAACAUAUAUUUAAAAAUUUUGAUUUCGGGCAAAAUGAGAAAUAUAUUAAUAUAAUAUAAUAUGUCCUGUUUUUUUCUCUCUAUAAACAGCCGCAUUUGAUAGCACUGUAGUGUCUCGACCUUAUAUGCCAAGACAAUGUUGGGGAACAUUAUAAAUAUUAUUUUUGCUCGUUGAAAAUAAAAAUGAUUUAUUUACAGGUACUGUGCCAUCGUUAACCCGAUCCGGCGUCACGUGUCGUCAAAGCCAUUCACGCUAAUGACGGCCGUGGCCAUAUGGAUUUUGGCCGUGAUUUUGGCCACGCCGUCAGCCACGUUUCCCUACUUGGCAUCUGAGCCGAUACCCAACAACAACCAAACCAUCGAGUACUGUUACCCGUUCCCCAGAUCAUUUGGCGAAGGUUACGCCAAGGGCAUGGUCCUGUUCAAGUUGCUCGUGUACUACGUGGUGCCACUGUGCAUCAUUGGGUGCUUCUACUUUCUGAUGGCCCACCACCUUAUGGUAUCCACUCGGAAUAUGCCGGGUGAGCUGCAGCACGCCGGCCAGUCUGGCCAGAUCCGAGCCCGAAAGAAGGUGGCCAAGAUGGUGUUGUCGUUCGUCAUCAUAUUCAUGGUGAGCUUCCUGCCCUACCACGUAUUCAUGGUAUGGUUCCACUUUUACCCCUACUCCCGGGAAGUGUACGACGACUACUGGCACGCGUUCCGCAUCGUCGGUUUCUGCCUGAGUUUCAUCAACUCAUGUGUGAACCCGGUGGCCCUGUACUUCAUCAGCGGCGUUUUCCGCAAACAUUUUAACCGGUACCUGUUCUGCUGUUGUCCAUUUGCACGGGCUGGUCAAGCGGCCGUUGAAUCCACUGUUCUGCAGGACAUGAAUCUGACGCACGUCAACAGUGCGUCAUACCGACGUCACAACUCAGUGGUCACAAGUCACGUUACCUUAAGCCAGACCUGACGUCAUGCGACCGCCAGGGCCAACAACAACGAGGUAGCCGGCUGCAAACGUGGCAAAGACUGCAUCGUCCUCUGAGCGGACUCCCAUAUAUUAUAAUAUCCAUUACCUGCAGACGAAAAUUAUUGUGUUUUUGCGAUGAAGACAUAUUUUUUUUCUGUUUUUGUACAUACCAUCCCCCAAAGAGAUCGCAACUAUUUCGUUGUACUCGAUUUUCGUUCCAACCGAUGAAAACUUUCAUAACGCUCCCCAAGUCGGUUUGAACCGAAUCAGUGUAAUAUACAUCUAUCGUUAAAAUCAAACCGAAAAUUCUUUAAACUCACGAUAAAUUGCUUUUUUUAUGUCGGCUUAAAUCUCAAGAUUAUUGUCAUUAUAACUAUGUAUGUUCUUGUUCGCACACGUUUCUAUUAAUUUUAUUACACCAUAAGUGUAUACGUAUACUUCAAAAACACUUGUUCCAAUCGUUUCCCUUGACCGAAAUAUAAACAAUUUUUUGUACUCAACUAAUUGUGCGUUCCAAAACAAAAUUCAUACAAAAUUAUUGUUACCUACAUAUAUUAUGUCUAUAAUAAACGUAAUUAACGCUUUUUAGAAAAUUAUGUAUUUCAGUUUCAAAUACAUGAAAGAGAUUUACUGUCGAGUAAACUUUGCCCUUAGUCCUCACAAACUAGCUCAAUACCACACUUGUAUUAUUUACUUAUCGUGUUAACCUAACCAAUCAAGAUAAUCAGUUUAUAUUAAAAACUUGUCUGAAAAUUGUAGACUGUAAUGUCUCAAUGCACCAAUGUCCACUAAGUCUUUAGUAUCUCAGAAAAACAAUUUUGAUAUGGAACACUGACGGUGUAGCGCCACUCUAUUUAAUUUGAGUCCCUGUUGGCUAUUACCAGUUGCCAUUACCCGAACACGUGUAGAAAAUUGAUAAUACAUUAGAGAAUUGUUCUCAACGAGUGAUUAAAAUCACCCUGUAUUUUUACGGAGCAUGAGAAAAUAUUUCAAUUCAUUCCAUGGACUGGAACCUUAAAAGACCGUACCGAAAAAGACCAAAGACCGGAACUUUUUGAAAAUCACAACACUGGAACCCUUAAUAUUUUUUUUAAGAGCCG